AUGGCCUUCGACGAAAGCAGUACAGCAAAUAUAACGCAGACACUUUCAAAUCUUUUCGAGGAGGUACUACACGCGACUGAAGACUCCGGUGAGAAUAAAAGCGUUGACGUGACGAAAUUCUUAAGCGCUUUAAAGGAAACGUCCACUAAAAGAAGCGAUGCUAUUGACUUUGGUACAUUAGUAAAAUUAGUUGAUGGCUGGCGUACGAAGCUGAAUCUUACUAAGCCGGUAGAAUCAUGCGACUACUGCGAAGGGAGUAUUCGAGACGUUAUUCUUGCUUACAACAGCAUCCACGGAUACGUAAGCUUAAUUGUAUGUUUAUUCGGAAGUUUGGCUAACACGUUGAACGUAGCUGUACUUACGAGAAGGGAUCUCGCAGCAUCUCCUAUCAAUCGACUGUUGAAGUGGCUGGCAGUCGCCGAUGUUUUUGUGAUGAUGGAGUAUGUUCCCUUUGCUAUUUAUAGAUACUUGAUCUUGCCGGGACAGCGUGAAAUGCCGUAUAAAUGGGCAGUGUAUCUGUUAUUCCACAUGCACUUCACCCAGAUAUUUCACACGGCCUCCAUAUGCUUAACUCUUUCACUUGCCGUUUGGAGAUACGUAGCUAUUAAGUAUUCCGACCGAAGCCAUGUACUGUGUUCGGAGAGACGAUGCAGCACCGCAAUACUUAGCAGUUUCAUUCUACCACCUAUCCUUUGCAUUCCAACUUUUAUGGUAUUUGAUGUUCACACAGCAGUGGUGUUGGAGACUAAUGGGCCCGUGAUUCUUUAUCACGUAGACGCUGACGAUGAAGGACAACUAUACCAAAUAAAUUUUUGGGUACACGCGGUUGUCAUCAAAUUAUUGCCGUGUAUUAUACUGACGAUAAUCAGCUUGUGGUUAAUACGAGAAGUGUACAGUGCUAAUGAGCACCAAAAGAAAAUAAGAGUGUACAAUGCAUGCCCCACCAGCAAUAAAAUUAUAAAACGUCUGUGCAAAGGAGACAGGCGUACGAAUAGAACGACGAAAAUGCUGGUAGCGGUGUUACUUCUAUUUCUAGUUACAGAAUUCCCUCAAGGAGUUUUGGGUCUUCUCAGUGGUGCUUUGGGGCGAUGUUUCUUUAAACGCUGCUAUGAUUUAUUUGGCGAAUUAAUGGACGCGCUGGCUUUGCUCAACGGGGCUAUAAACUUCGUUCUGUACUGUUCAAUGUCUCGCCAGUUCCGGAUGACAUUCCGCCAGAUGAUGUGGAGGGCUCAUCUGCACCGAUGGCCACCACCACAGCCCUCUCACUCUGACGGCUUGAACACGUACGUAAAAUUUAUUGUGUCAUUUAUGUGUUCAGUUAAAUGA